UUCAAGUUAGGCAUUGGAAAUUUUAUUUCUAUUUAUUUUAUGUUUCGGGAAACACUAAUCUCUAUUCUGGAAAAUAAUCCAGUUUGUACGUUACGUUAAGUUAAAGUUAUAGCCCAGUGUUUGAAACAGGCAGCAAAAUGCAAGUGUAGUCCUGAGAUCGAACCGACUGGCUACUGUCGGUUGUGUUUCUCCCAGCAGCACCUGAAAUGGGUACUGAUGUCAUAUCAGCAUCCGGUAGUGGAUCAGAUCAAUGAAUGUCUCGGUUUGUGGCUUGUACCAGAAGAAGAUUUCCCCUGCACUAUCUGUCGAUUUUGUUCCGCUUCGUUGGAAGCGUUUGAAGCAUUCCGUGAACGUUCAAAAGACUGCGAUCUUGCUCUUCGGAAAAGUCGACUGGGACCCGUCAAUCUGUCUGAUUUUAUGGAAUUUGGAAUAGGGGAGGAAAUAAAGGUCGAACCACUGAGUCCCUCUCAUGAAACUGUCAACGAACAAACGUCCGAGCUAGCGUCAACAUCGCUGUCUAAUUUUGUCAACAACUCUGAACAGGAAAUUACCAUAGAAACCGAUAAUAAUUCAGAGUGCGUUUCAGCGCAAGGGGUUCUGGAUCUGGAAUCACCGGCAAGUCAGCCAGUGGCACCGAAACAGCAUAACGUCAAGAUACGGAUUGUACAUGCAAACGGACGAAACGUUCGCAAACCACCGAAAGGUCCUCCGCCACCGGAGUACACCUGUGACUACUGCGGGCGACCGUUUUCAUUCAAAGGGUUCCUAACCCGACACCUGCUCGAGUGCCACAUCAAGAAACAACAAGCCGCCAAGGCCAAGGCCAAGACCGGAAAGGACCGGUCAACAGACCCACCGGUACCGGCCAAAAUUGUACCGAUUUCUCCGAAGGAACUAAGAAAACAAAUGAACCUAUAUUCAGGACCGGUGGUUACGAAAUACAAAAAUUCAUCCAGCCGUCAUACCUGUAAUUUAUGUCCUGCCAGGUUCUACAGUUUGGGGCUGUACAUCGUUCACCGGGCGCAGGUUCACGGGAAACCUCUCGGUAAAAAAGCAUCCGCCGAAUGGAACAGAUGUUUGAAGUAGGAUUUAUUGGCGUGUGUGUGUGUUCCUGCGUACUUGGAAAUAUAAUAAAGUGUUGCUUCUUUAUUGGUUGUAUAAUAUUCCGGGUGUACAUGUACUGUACGUGUACUUGUUUAAUUUAAUU